UCUGCUGCCUGAGGAGGCCGCCUCAGUCGGUGCCCAUCUGUGCCACCCGCCGCCCUGCGGCCCCUUCUGGGGCACAGGUCCCUUCAGACGUGAUGGCGAGGCUGUGGCUGUCCUGCCUCGGGCUUCUUGUCCUUGUGGGACCAGUGGCAGCCAACAUGGCCCCCACAUUCCCGGCCAACAUGUCAACGGUGACUCUGCCCGAAGACCUCCCGGUGGGGGAUGAGGCCUUCUGGCUGGUCGCUGAGGACAGAGAUGGAGACAGUCUGACGUAUGGGAUUAGUGGCACCUAUGCCUACUUCUUUUCAGUCAACUCCAGCACUGGGCAAGUGAAGAUUGCCAGCCCUCUGGACUCCGAUGGGGAUCUCUACACAUUCAGCAUCAGCAUCUCCGUGACAGACAACUUCAACAGCCCUGUGCAGAAGCAGAUGUUCGUGAUCGUGGAUGACAGAAAUGACAACGCGCCUGUUUUCCAGAAUACCAACUUUACCACCAGCAUCAGCGAGACCGAGCCUGUGGGGUUCCUGGUGUUCACCGCCAAGGCCACGGACAAAGACUCAGGCUCUGCUGGUGCCGUGAGGUACUUCAUUAAAGAGAUCAUUCCCAACACCGGGGACAACCAGGACCUCUUCCGCAUCCUGUCCAAUGGCUCCAUUGUGCUCAACGGCAACCUGGACUACAACAGCAAGAGUUCCUUCUACCAGCUGAAACUCCAGGCCUGCGACAUGGGAGGCAUACUCAACAACGCCUAUGUAGAGAAGUGCUCCCAGUUCGUCUACCUGUCCAUCAAUGUGAUUGACGAGCCGAACCUGGACCCCCAGUUCGUCAGGGAGUUCUAUGCGGCCUCUGUGCCUGAGGACAGCCCCCCGGGAACCUCAGUGCUGAGGGUGGAGGCCGUGGAUGGUGACAGAGGCAUCAAGGACAGCAUGAACUACAGCAUCAGCAACACUACAAGGCCCCACUGGUUCACCAUCUGGUCCGACGGGAUCAUUAGGGUCAAGAGCCCCCUGGACCGCGAGCAGCUGCUGCAGGAGAAUGAGGAAGUGCUGGUACAGGUCAUGGCCACAGAGACAAACCUGGACAUCUAUGGGCGCCAGGCCAGUGCCAGCGUCUGGGUCACACUGACAGUGACGGAUGUGAAUGACCACCAGCCCCGGUUCUAUAACUGCAGCCUGUCUGACUGCACCUUCAGCCCCCAGGAGGCCCAGAGCAACUUCACGGGCUCCGUGGAGGAACACACCUCCAUACGCAUCCCUGUCAACCUCAUCAUGGCUGUCCACGACCCCGACAAGGGCAAAAAUGGCACCUUCCUGCUGGACCUGGCGGAGCCCUCGGCCUUCAGUGUCUCCCCGCAGAGGGCUGUGGGCUCAGCUGAGGUUCAGGUGCUGGUGCGGACGCCUGCUGAAGUGGACUAUGAGAAGCACCCAGUGAUGCUUUUGGAGGUGGUGGCCACCGACAUGGUCAGUGGGAAUGUCUCAGUGGCCUGGGUAACCAUCCAUCUCAUAGACAUCAACGACCACAGCCCCACGUUCCCACAAAGCCAGUACAACCUCAGCAUCACUGAGCACUGCCGAAACGGCCAAGUGGUGACGGACAGCAUCCACGCCACGGACGGUGACCAGGGACAGUGGGGUGACAUCACCUAUAGCCUGCUUCCGGGCAGUGGGGCAGACAUCUUCCAGGUGGACGCCUACUCCGGGAAGGUGACGGUCAGGAGCUGCGAGCUGCUGGACCGAGAGGCGCAGGCUGUGUUCUACGUCACCCUGCAGGCCACCGACAGUGGUGGCCUGUUCAACACCACCACCCUACACAUCACCCUCCUGGACGCCAACGACCAGGAGCCCCAGGUCAUCGGCUCCUACAACAUCUUCGUCAGGGAGGAGACAGACAACGUGUCGGUCACCAUCAAGGCGAUCGACGCUGACCAGCCGGGAACCAACAACAGCCUCCUGCAGUUCACGCUGCUGCCCAGCCCCUGGACACACAACUUCUCCCUGAACCCCGACACGGGGGUCCUCACCAACGUGGGGCCCCUAGAUCGGGAGGCCAUCGACCCCGUCCUGGGGGGCCGCAUCAUGCUGCCUGUGAGAGUGAGCGACUGCGGGGAACCCCCGCUCAGCACCCAGGUCGAAGUCACCAUCACAGUGGAGGACAUCAAUGACAACCUGCCCAUCUUCAGCCAGUCCAGCUACAACUUCUCGGUGACAGAGAGGGUCUCAGAUGUGCAGGUGGGCGAGAUGGAAGCCACGGAUGCGGACCAGACGGAAGCCAACAAUCGCAUUAGCUUCACGCUGGAGGGCGUGGGCGCCAACAACUUCGUGAUCCGCAGCAGGGUGCUGGGUGCUGGGCACUCACAAGGCGUCCUCUGGCUGCCCACAGACGUCAGCCUGGACUUUGAGAGCAAGGCGUCCUACUACCUGUUGGCAAGGGCGGAGAACUCGGGCCCCGAGGCGGCCCAGGCCUCUGCGACCGUGCUGGUGCAGGUGAAGGACGUCAAUGAUGAGGCACCCAUGCUGGACCCCACCUCUCUUCGGGGCAUCAGUGUGGCCGAGAAUGGCUCCAUCCACGGCCUGGUAGCCACCGUGGUGGCCAGGGACAAUGACACGACGGCACAGCUGGAGGUCCAGCUGGUGGGUGUCCACUGCACUAAGGCUGGCCAGGACGUGGGGGGCCUGUGUCAGGAAUGGUUCUCUGUGCAGCCCAAUGGCUCCGUGCUGGUCAACCAGAGCCAGACCGUGGACUAUGAGGCCUGUGACUUGGUCACACUGGUCGUGCGGGCCUGCGACCUCAACACUGAGCCCAACUUCCCAGCCUGCAGCACUGAUGGAAACCUCCCCAUCACCAUCCUGGAUGUAAAUGACAACGCUCCUUACUUUCUGCCCCAGGACAAGACUUUUGUCAUCAUCCCAGAGCUGGUGAGCCCUGACCAGCAGGUGGCUUCUGUCCAGGCCAGAGAUGAGGACUCAGGAAACAAUGGGGCCAUCCGCUUCUCCAUCCUCAAAACGGAGUUUCUCUCCAAGGACGGCACCAUCAUCACUUUCCAGGGCUUCUUCCGAAUCGUCACCUUCUUGGAGGACAAUCUAUUUACUGGCAACAUUGAGCUGGUGACCAACCUUGACGCCAAUCUGAAUGGGACUUACCAAGUGACAGUUCAGGCCCAGGACACCCCUGCCCCCUCCAGUUGGCCUGCCCUGCAAGCCCAAACCACCUUGAAUCUCUUCACGGUGGAGAAACGGUACCGCUUGAGGCUGCAGUUCUCCACCAGCAAGGAGCAGGUGGGCGCCCGCCAGGACGAGAUUAAGGAGGCUCUGGCGCAGGCGACCAGGACCACCGUGUAUGUGGUGAUCAUCCAGGACUUGCAGAGUGCUACUCGGGCCCGAAGCCACUCCUACAUGGACGCCUACUUUGUCUUCUCCAAUGGGACGGCCCUGACUCUGAACGAGCUGAGUGUGAUGAUCCGGAGUGACGAGGACGCAAUGGGGAAACUGCUACAGUUGGGGCUGGUGGUGCUGGGCGAGCAGGGGAACCUGGAGUCAAGCCUGCCACAGGUGCUCACCAGUGUCAUCGUGGGCCUGGGCGUUGCCCUGGCGCUGCUAAUUGUCAUCAUGGCCACGGCCCUCGUGUGCGUCCGCAAGAGCUACCAGCGGAAGCUUCGGGCUGUAAUGGCAGCCAAGGAGGCCCGCAAGACCUUGGCAGGGGUGACACCUGGAGUCUUUGCCAUUCCUGGGACCAACCUGUAUACCACGGAUCGGGCUAACCCCAUGCUCAACCUGGACACCAAGGACCUGGGUUUCGAGUCCCAGUCCUCUAGUGACCUGGAUCACAUCAGCCUCAACUCUCUGGAUGAAAACUCUGUGGACCUGGGGAAGGGCAAACCGGAAGUGAAGGAGGCCUCGUACAGCGGAACGGAGGCAGACACGGAGCCACUGACCGAGGUGCUCUCUGGGAGGAAGGUGGACACAGGGGCCCAGCAGACGGAGAAGUCAGCCUUCACCAACCCAGGCCUGGACACCACAGAUGUGUGAGGGGGGGGCGCCACUGAGCCCACCCUUCCAGUCCCCUCCCCUCUCAGGAGACCCAAAAUCCCAGCCCCCCUUCCCUGAUAUUGUAAUAUAAUUCUUGUAGCCACUCACA